UUAACAUUAACAAUGAACACCAUCAAUUGAGUUUGCAUUCCAAGUUUUGGUGGAUGUAUAUUUUAUUUUAAACCUUUCAUAAAACUUUCAAUGUGACCACCUGAUGUUUAAAAAAAAAAACACAACUAAAAUUUAAUAUUUUAUGUAGAUUUUCUCGGUUGACAGUUUAGUCAUUUGUUUAUCGUUUUUAUUGUACAUUAUUCAUAUAUUUUUUUUGAUUUCACUGAUUCUGUCAAAAUGUACACCCGAAGUAAAACUCCCAGUAUGGGAACUCCGUCCGUGUACUCGAUACACGCUAGUCAUUUGACUAUCCGAUCUUAUAACCUGCGGUCAACACGUUCCAUGAAAUCUUUACGUGUGCCAUGGUACCAACGUCCUAUAUUAAAAGAUGCUUACUUCCUUGAUACACAGAGAGGUGCACUUGUCAUUGCCUUCUAUUCUUUGUUUCUAAGCAAUUUUACAUUGGUGACGUCUGCGUUUGAUACAUAUUGUUUGGCAAUGGCUGCUCCUGGAUCUACACAUUAUGGUUACUAUGUCAUGAGCUAUCAGUUUGUAUAUGUUGGAAGCUCUUGGGUCAGAAAUGUAUUGGUCUUGUUCUCAUUGUUUUCAUUUGUUGUGGCAGCUGUUAUUUUUGUGACAAGUUUGAUUUUAAUAUCUGCAUUAGAAAAUGAGCACGAGAAACGGAUUGUGCCUUGGUUAUUUUCGUUUGCUGCAUUUACAGUAUUUCGAUUUAUUGCUUGGUUGUUUUCUUCAAUAGUCAACGAUCCCAUAUUUGGAUAUAAUUUCUCCAUGAUUUUGCUGGGUGCAUUGUUCAGUGUCAUCAAUGUAUACGGCUGGAUACUUGUAUAUUCUUUGUAUUUGGAACUGUUUGAUUUGACUAAGCUUGAAGAUUUAGCACAUUUGAGAAUUGGAACUAUAGCAUCGCUGAAUGCAUCUACAACACUUUCUUUAGCUGGAUCUCGUCCUACUACUCCUCAUAGUACUGUUUCCACUGUUCCAGUAUAACAUGAUACAAUAUUUUAUUGAUAAAUCAGACAGGGAAAAGUAGUAUUUAUUAUUUUAUUUUUAAACUACAGUAUAGUCACUAAUCUAUACUUGAUACAGAUCCGGAAAUCUGGACUAGCGAGGUCUAGAUUAGCAAGACUCCAUUGUAUUAUAGGUAUUAUUAUUUAGACUUAUGACAAAGCGCUUAUCACAAUGUAAUCUUAUCCGUCCAUUUUGUAUUCAAAUGUUUUUAUCUUGACAAUUAAUCAGUAUUUUAUUUUAUUCAUAAGUAUCACAUUUCAUUUUUAUACUUGAAUACAUUUUAUACCAUUAUUUUUAUCAUGGGUUAAAUAAAUUGUAACUACAUUGACUACUCUAAUGCUGAGUUUACACAGUACAAUAUAGUAUAAAUAGUAAAUAAAACAAAACAAAAACUUAAUUUUAUCAUUACAAAUAGGGAAAUCUAUUUUUAAUUAAAACCUUCAAUGCCAUUUAUGUUGGUGCCGGGGGGUUUCCAAUUUUUCCAUUCUUUCAGAUAAUUUAUUUUGUUUACAUAUUUUCUUGAACUUCUUGAACUAAUGUUAAUAUCAAAAAUAAUUUUUAAUGUUGUUUAGGGGUUUAUACAAUUAUUUUUUGUUAAUUUUCCUCUGAAACACAAUCACUGUUUUGUUUUAUACUUUAUACUUUUAUCUUUGUUUCUUAAGUGUACCCAGUAUAACAUAUCAAUUAUUGACAACGUUUAUAUUAUAUAUUGGAUGACCAUACAUCUGAAUUUAUUAGUGAUGAAGCUUUUAUGCUGUUCAUAUAAAAGAGAGACUAGUUGAAUGAAACUAGUAAAACUGAAUAGUAUUUUCUAUAUGUAUCUAUAUACUCUGUAGUUUAUAGUAUGCUUACCCCAUAGUAAUAAUAACUUUUUAAGAACAAAAGUUUCUUUAUUUUUAUAUAUUUAUUUUUAUUUCACAUUC